UUGCAAAAUCCAUUAAAAUUAAAAAAUGCUAAUUCUUUAUUGUUUACUUGUUGAUGUGAUUGAGUGUUUACAUCUGUAACUCAAAACUUCUUGUAAUGUCACAUUUACAGAUGGCAGUCGUUGAGAAAGGACCCGCUCCCGAAGGAAAUAAACAAGUCAAGCAAGAUCAAACCAGUGUUUCUCACAACCGAAUCCUUCUCCAUGAUUCAAUAACUACAAAAACUUCAAAUAAUCAAAAAGACGUGCAGAGUGUGACUCACCAGAACUCGCCUGCUUCUGUCACAACACAGGGCUACAUGGCUCUGUGCGGACUAAAGGCCCAGCAGCCCAGUGAAACUAGUUCCAGUAAGACAAGAAGCUAUCAAAUCAAAGAAAUCACUGAAACUGUAACAACAUCAGAAACAACGAAAGGUGGUGAUAAAAAACUCACUGGGGCAUGUUCAGUCUCUCAGAAUCUUCCGGAAGGCAGUGCAAAUGUUCAACGCUUCAUCAGGUUCAGGUUUUUAGAUGAGGAGGUUUUGCGGAAGCUUGAGCUGGGCCUGAUCACCAUGGAACAAGUUCAGGCAUUGCUUCCUCAGAAUUCAGGCAGACCAACUGCUAUUGUGGGAAUUUACGUGGAGUCGAGCAAGAAAAAGCUAUCCUUCUUGGAGGCUGCCGAAAAGGGCUUCCUGGCAAAGACAUAUGCACUUGAAUUACUUGAGGCUCAGGCUGCAACGGGAAACCUCACCGACCUGACCACAGGACAAAUACUGUCCGUCAGCGAAGCAGUGGAGAGAGGGAUCGUAGAUGCAGGCAUGAAAAAUAGACUCAUGGAGGCAGAGAAAGCUGUUACUGGGUACGUCUUCAAGGGCAAAAAGAUGCCCGUGUUUCAGGCGAUGGAGGAAAGGAUUCUUGACAGAUACCAAGCCAAAAAGAUCCUUGAGGUCCAGGUUGCAACUGGUGGGCUUUUCAAUCCAGAGACUGGUGUGAGGGUGCCACCCUCCAUGGCUGUUGGCCAGGGUCUUCUGAACAAAGAGACUCUGCAGAGUCUGUGCGAUCCAACGAGUAGCCUCAAAGGUUUCCACAACCCCGACAAUGGACAGAAGGCGUACUACUCUGACCUACUCAAGGCGUGCUUGUAUGACAUUGACGGUGGCGUGUUCCUCUUCCCGUUCGGCGAGAGACAUCUGACAAACACGUCUCCAGUGAGUUCUCACAGAGUGUCAGUUGUCAACAGUGGCUGCGGUACCGAGAUGUCAACAUAUGAAGCGUUCAAGGGGAAGCACAUCGACAAGAGCACUUACCUGUUUCUGUCUCAGCAAGAGAGUGAGUGGAAUGAGAGGUCCACUGUGGACGCCAGCGGAAAACCGCUUCACAUCCUCACCGAUGCCAAAAGCGGUCGUCAACUUUGCCUGGAGUCUGCUCUGAGUCAGAGAUUUCUUGAACCGUCUGAGCUGGAGAGCUACCGCAAUGGUCUCUUAAGUAUCUAUGAGAUUACAGAUCUCAUUUUCUCCAGAAUGGUCGUUGUGGAAGAUGUGAACAGCCCCAUCGCUGGCCUGUGGGACAUCACUCAGAAGAAGAGGGUGUCAGUCUUUCAGGGUUUCCAACAGGGCUUAACUGAUAGAGCUACUGCCUUACGACUAUUAGAGGCUCAGGCCUGCACUGGAGGAAUAUGCGACCCUUACUCUGGAGAAAAAGUUAAUCUCUCCGAGGCUCUCAAAAGAGGUCUGUUGGAUGAGUCAUUAAAUCAGCACCUCCAACAGUUUGAGCAGGCCUACAAUGGCAUAGUUCACCCAAAGACUGCAAAGACUAUGUCUGUGUCCCAGGCUGUGCAGGAAAAUCUCUUCCCAAAGGAUGCUGGCAUUCGCUGCAUUGAAUUCCAGCUUCUGACCGGAGGACUGAUCAAUCCUGACACUCAUGAUAGAGUCUCACCUGAAGAAGUCAUACAGAGUGGCCUUGUUGACAAAGCCACUGUGACUGCGCUCAAAGACGAGAAGUCCCACACCAAAAGUCUCACCUGCCCCAAGACCAAGAGGAAAAUCACCUUUAAGGAGGCUCUCGACAGAAGCAUGUACGACUGCCACACCGGGUUGAGGUUACUCGAAGCUGCAAAAGUCCAUGGUCUUGGACCAAAAUCAACCUUACACUAUGUUUUGGCAUAUCAACAAACCAUUGUAAAUACAUGAAUACCCGCAGCAUAAAAGCAAAACCUGCAAAUAGAUAGUCCCACAGUUUUGCUUGGCUGUUAGCAGUGCUUUUACUUCACUGCUGAAUGCUUACUUGAGUUACACAUUUUAAUCCGGUGGUUGAUGCAACUGAUAAUGACUUUUGAGGUUCUUUCUUUUUAACUUGAUAAUGAAUGUCUUUUUUUUUAACAUCGUUUCUCAGUUUCCCUUCUUUCAAGCAUUUGUUUGUCCAUUGUUUGAUUCUCGUAUUGACAUCCUUGUUAAACGAUCCAUCUUUUUGAA